UGGCAGCCUUGACAAAUACAUGAUGGCCGUUGCCACCGAAUAGUGUAACGCGUACAUGGAACGGUCGUGUAACUGAAAAGUUUAUUAUUUUCGGUGGAGUAUCGCCGUCGCGUGUGCUCGGUGUGCGUUGUUUUCAUUCGGCGAAGUGCGACAGGCCGCGCCGGGACGCGGGGUCUUGUAGAGAGAAGUUGCGCGAGACCGCGAAAAUUCCCAGGAGAAAAACACGGGGUGGCAAAACCGCGUUCGCAGAGGGUGAAAAUUAGGGAGAGAAUCUCUGCCUAUAUGUAAAACGUACAGUUUGUGUGGCAGUGAUAGAAAGACUUAUUAAAGAGAAAUUCCUUUGAUAAACAUCACACAUGAAUAAAGGUGUAAUGUUUUAACAUUACGCUUGAGACAUUUGACAAAAUAUUCAAGAAUGUUUGCAAGUUAUUUCCUGGACUUGGGAUAACAUGUAAUAUGAACAAGACGUAAUUUAUAAGAUAACUUUUGAUGCUCUUCUCUGCAUGUGUCUCUGUGCAUAUCUGGCAUACAUGUAUCUUAAAUUGUCAUGGACAAAAAUAACAUUGCUACGUUUAUAAAUGGAUAGAAUUUUGCGACAAAUGUACUUUAAAUAUAAAUCAGGAUAUGUUCACAAUGAGAUUGAGCAGUUAUUCUUUAAUGGAUAAAGUAGUUCAAGAAAGAACUACUUUUAAUAAACAACAAAACGAUGGCCAAGAAAUAAUGACCAAGGAUAGUUAGUAAUAAAGCAAAAACCCUUUAGAGACGAUAUUAACGAUAUACGUGAAUAUAAGCACUUUUGAAGAAUUAAUACAGUGCUGUCCCUGAGCUGCGGAAGAAAUACGAAAUUACAUGCAUGACAGGAACAGGAGAUAUAGGUCGUAGACGCGUUGAGUGGCGCCGAAGCGCAAAUGUCACUUGCUGCUGCUAUUAAACAAUUUUGGAAAGUUUAGUGAAAAAGAGCAAAAUAAGCUGGAAAGGUGGCUAGAAGCUGCCCAUAGUAAAGAGGGGCUGCGUGGGCAUGCAGCAGCCUCAGUCACGCCCUCUUCUUGGGGACUCAUCCUCUACAACUUCCCCGAAUGCACGUCGUAGUAAUCCAGUUGCCGUUUUGACCCCACAACAAUUGCAGCAGCUACAACAACUACAAGCCCAAAAUACUAGCGGUCAGUCACUAACUUUUGCUUUACAACAGACGUCAAGUAACCCACAGGAGCAAGGGAAUGGAUCCGCAACUGGAAAUCACAUAGUCUACCUAAACCAGUUGAAUCAAUUGAAUCAGAGUACCAUAAAUCCCUCAGGGACUGGUAUGGGCCUGCCCCCGGCCACCCCCACUUUUGGGGUGGGCCUUAAUAUGGGAUUGCCACUGUCACUUAUCAAUACCAGUCUCACAUCUCUCACGUCCAAUGUUAUCACCACAUCAAAUCCUUUGCUCAAUUUGGGCUUGUCAAGUAUGAAUACAGGGCUAGCCGCGAUAAAUCCUAGCCUGAAUCACUUAAAUGCUAUUAAUUCCAAUCUGACGCCCAACAUUGGUACAAACAGUAUUAAUAACGGUUUAUCCAACUUGGGACAAGAUUUGAAUAGCAUAAAUACGGGAGUAAAUACUGGAAUAAACAGGCUGAACACGAUCAAUUCUACGAACAUUAGUUCUAGAAUAUCUGGAGUGAACGCCGGACUGGCCGGCGUAAAUCCAAAUUUGACAAGUCUAAACUCGUCGAGCGUGAAUCAGAAUCUAACUACGUUGAAUACCAACUUGACCGCGAGUUCUGCUGUAUCUGGUUUACCCGCUAUUAAUCCGAAUGCGAAUUUGGCUGCUACCAGUAUAAACUCUGGCAUAAAUCAAGGCCUCAAUCGGCCGGCGAAUGCCCUGGCUACUGGUCUAACGCCGACCAGCUUGAAUUCUAGUAGCGCACAGUUUCCAUUCCAAACGAUACAGAGCAUUCAGAGUAUUGCACCACACAUUGUAGGAUCGUCAAAUAUAGCACAUGUACCGAACUCUGCUAUAUCGCAACAUCCCAACUCAAACGUGUCAACAAUCUCACAAAUCUCGAAUACUGGAAGUCUAACAAGUUCUAGUAUAUUCACGAGCACUCCCAGCGAAUCGAUUCAUGCAACCACUGCAAAUGUGAAUCACGCUUCGAACGUGAAUCUCACUACGAACAUACCGCACCUUGGUACAAUGCACUCUAGUUUGUCCAACAUAUCGACAUCGAAUGUGCAACAUAUACCCGCAUCCAAUGAACCGACUAUGUCAUUGAGUCAUGUUUCUUCUUUAAGUUCCUCACAGUCGACUGGAUUUCAACCGCAGCGACAGUAUUCGCAGGGGAUAAACCCUGGCUUGAAUACGUCGGUAACACUAACGGGCACGACACAGCCGUCGAAUGUGGUCAGUACUAUGAAUACUGUUAAAUCUAUGCAAACUAUUCAGGGGCAAAACAUUAGUUCACCCGGUAGCCCGUUUUCGAUACCACUGAAAAGCCCGGCGUCAAAUAUAGCGCCUCCAACGCCGAGUCCUAGCCCUAAUCGACUUUUACUUAGAAGCCCGGCUUCAAACUCGAUACAGUCCAGUCGGAACAGUCCGAGUCCCGUCGCUACGUCAACCUCGAAUAAUAAUUUUAACAUACAGAUGCAAAGCCCCAUGCAAAGCCCUAUGAGUGUUAGCCAAAUACAAAGUCCUGUACUUAGCCCGUAUCCCCCUGCAAAAAGUCCUCAUCUAUUAAGCGGGAAUAACUCUCUCAACAAUAGAAGCCCGGCACCUGGAGGCAGUCCUGGUCCACCUGUGGUUAGGCCUAAUACACCCAUAUUACAACAAGGCAUGCAGGUCUUGCAAAUAAUUCAUGGUACACCACAGGGUUAUCAGUCCACCCCAACCCAACUGGUAGCAACUAGGACUCACCUAUUUGGAAAUCAACAAAUUCAGAUAGCGGCGACUAAACCUGCUAAGCAACCGCCGCAAAUACUGCCAAAACCACCAAACCAACAGGUCACUACUUCACAGCAAAAACCACAACGUGCUACUACCACGAUUACAAAUCAGGUAACGCAACAGACUCAGCCACAACUAGUUCUUGCCGGGCCACAACCGAGUCCUACUACGGCUACAAUGAUACCAACGGCGCAAGGUUUACUACUGAAUCAGGUGUUGCCGUCAACUGGACCUGUCAUUGUACAGCAGCAGCCAGGAGGCGUUCAACUAAUACUAAGGACGCCAGCAAGCGCACAACAACAAACGCACACUGCCCAGUUAACGCAACAACAAUUAGUAAGAGUCGUCACAGCACAAGGUAUGCAACUGCAAGGAAUUGCACCAACAUUUUUCGCUGUACCUAAUGGGUUUCCUCCAACUGCUUCUCCAGUGAUAAGACAUACUCCGUCUAGUCCAGCACCAUCUAAUUCAGGAACUGGCAAUUCUAUCGUAAUUCAAAAUGCUAUGGUACAAAGUUCGCAACCGCAAAUCACACAAGUUACAACUGGCAAUACCAGUGGCAACACAUCGUGUACUCAAACUGUCUCGGAGCAGAAUUUGUUGCCGCCUCCUAAAAAGAAGGCGAAAAAGAAGAAAAAGGCUAAACGGAAAGAUGACGAACCACCGAAGCUAGAUCUUGCCAGUAUUAUGAAGAUAUCCGGUAUCGGGGAUGACGAUGAUAUUUUCGAUACCGAGCUGACAACCGAAACCGAGGUGCAAACGCAACAAAGCGAAACUAAUGCUGGGCAAUCUUUGGGACAACUUUCAUCGCAAGGAACUGUUCCUGUUAGCUCUGCUCAGAGCCUAACUCAAGUACCUGUAGCAAAUACAACGAACACGCAAGCUACUGUGUCGCCAACAUUUAACAGUCAGCUUGUUGCCCAGCUCCAGAUGCCUGUACAGAAUCCGAUAUCAGGACAAUUACGAUUAGCGGUUGGAGAGGACGGUAGAGUCGUUUUACAUCACACGCCGGAGCCAAAUCAGCCCGAGAUAGAUCCAGCGACCGCGCAAGCUCUGAUACGGUCCCUGACACAAGGUGGCGGGCAAAAUUCGCAGAUUAUCUCGCAACUGUUCAGUCAGGCGCAAAACACGUCGCAGUCUAUUCAAAACACGGCUCAGCAGAGACCGAAAUACGUGAAAUCACCUUUACCGAGUGGUAAUCAGGUCUCCACCAGUACCGUGACUUCUACGUGCUCGCAGAACGUUAUUUGCACCACUAGUCCGCAUCAUGGCCAGAUAUCUUCGAAGCCAAUUAGCCAACAAAAAAAUACGAACAUCGUUUCCCAAGAGACUAAUUCACUACCGAUCUACGUUCAAAACAGCCUUGGCUCCUUGCAGUCAUUGGAGAUUGGACAGCCAUCAAAGAACGUCAAUGUACAGAAUGUGAUGCAAGCUAAAACUAUCCAGUCCUCAAAUUCUACAUUAUCGCAGACUGGCAAUGCUCCCCUAAACACUUCAGAUGUCCUAUCUGCGAAACCUUCGCCCGCUACGUUUGGCAUUCAGGGUCCCCGAAUGUCUAACGCGAGUCAAACGAAUUCCAAUCAACAGACUCCGAACAUUUCUCUGCAAAAAUCUAGUCAGGUGCGACUCGCGAAUGCUGCUUGUAUUACUACGAAUGUACGGCAGAACGUGGGGAAGCAGCAGCAGCAGCAACAACAACAUGGCACUCAUGUUCAGAAAUCAUUACCCAGUAAUUCAACAGUACAAACCGAUCCUGUAUCUAAGAACAACCAGAAUCUUCAGCAAGCAAAUCAACAAGAGACUUUAGCACUGCAACAAGAGUCACCGUUGUUUCAGCAUAAUCAGCAGAUUACCGCGCAAACUGUGCAAACUCAAAACGUGCAGCAAAUCUUUGAACAAAACCUGCAGAGCUCUGGAUCAAACAUUCAUCAUAAUUCCAUGAACAUAUUACAGCAACAAAGUUCCUGCAACACCGUGCAACAGCACGAUACCAUGAAUGUCCUGCAACAUUCCAGUAUUCAGCAAAAUACGAUUAACGUGUUGCAGCAGAAUACAGCCGCCAACGUGCAAAAUAUCGAACAAAAUCUACAAUCGGGUAUCAACGAUAUGUCCCAUGCGCAGCAGAAUGUCAUGACUAGUUUGCAGCAACAAAAUACGUCCGCUGUCUUGCACAACACCAGCGUCCAGCAGAACGUGAACGUUCAGCAACAGAAAGUGGUAACGGCAAAUACCUUUUCUUCCGUUAACGCGCAUCACUUUGAAUCUCAGAAUUCAGCUAAUGUUGCGCAAGGGAUCAACGCGCAGCAGACUAAUCAAAAUCAGAAUAUACUGAUUACAACCGCCGCUACGUCUAACGCUACGCAGCAAAGUGAAUCUCAAAAAGUGGAAUCGCAGGGUGCAAAUAUAUUGAACUCGGCAGCGAACAACAUAUUAAAUAACGCGCCCAAGAUUACGCCUGAAAUUUUAAACGCGUUGAGUAAUUUGAAUCCCAACGAUCAGCUGUUGAUAGCGAACGCAAAUGGCCAGAUGCAGGUGAUUAGUCAGCAGCUUUUGCAGCAAUUUUUGGCUGGGCAAUUAAAUGCGACAAACCAGACGCAGAAUCAAAACCAAACGCAGAAGAUAGUGAUCGGCGAGCCGGAUGCGAAUAGUCAGAACUUGCAAGGUGUACAGAUUAAUACUCCAACGAGCCAAAUAAUCGUGAAUAGUUCUGGUGGGGCUCCGACGAUCCAAAAUAAUAUUCAAAAUAUUGUGGUACAAGCUGCGCCGUCUCAGAUGCCACAACACAUACAAAUCCAAAAUUCUGGCUUUCCUAGUCAAUUUAUUGACAACCUAAAUCAACAACAAAUUAGGAAUUUAGGUAGUAAUCAACCAAAGAAAGCGAAAAUUGUGAAAAGGCAGAAAGUUGCUGUCACCGCUCAAAGCAUUGUAAACUCACAGGCGCCCAAAUCAGUAACCGUUACUCGACCAACAAUGGUCACGGCAAACACGUCUAAUCUACAAAAAGUUGACAAUUCUACUAAAACGAGCACGACGGUAUCUCAGAGUACAAAUCCUACAAAGAGUGAAUCAACUCAAGUCAUUGCCAAUGGUCCUUUGAUUUCAUCUUCUGCUGGAAGUAAUGCAUCAGUUCCUUCAAACGGUCAAAUGGUACAAAGAAUACAAACUAUUCAACUUCCUGCGCAAAAACAGCAACAGCUGAGACACAUUCAGUCACAAAUCCAGACCAUUGCGUUUCGAAAGUCUGGCACUCAAUCCGAUCAGGCAAUGCUAUCAAAAUUGUACCAAGAGCAAGCCAAGAUAAUAGCCAGUGGGAAAGUCGUUAGCACUACUACACAUUCUGUCAAUAGUGCUGCUGAAACGACAUUCAGCGUAAACGUGAUAUCAACAAUUCCACCAAACAUACACCCACAAAAUUCCUUUAAGAGCCAAACAUCGGCAGCACAAACCCAGACCCAGACUUCAACUGCUGCUAUGCCAGUGACAUCUCAAACCCUAAAUCCAACUACAUCCAUAACAGUGCCGAGUAAUUCGAAUAAUAACUACAUUAAUAAUAUCACGGUGCCACAAAGUGUGCAGGGACAGCAAACAACAAAUACUGCGACACAGAACGUGCACCAGACGCACACCAAACAGCACAAGUUCAAUCAGACUCACGGGAAUCAAAUACUGAAUCCGUCCUCUGCCAAUAUACAAAUCUUCUCACCGCCAAUUUCCUCCGCAGCAGUAACGCAAUUGCAGAGCAGUACGCAGCAAUUGACUCAGGUUCAAGCACAGCAACAGACGAGCAUGCAACAGUCCACUCAAUGCCAAACAGAUCCGUUAGACAUCAAAUCGACCAUACAAACGCCGAGUCCCGUGAAACAAGAACUCUCUUCUCCUAUUCAAGUUCAAGUUCAGGGUGGUUCGCCGGCAGGUCAAGUGACCUCGCCUAGAAUGAUUAGCAAGGGAACGCAGAGGAUUCAGAGUCCUGUAAAUACUAACGGAAAUACGACGAAACAGCUCGUCAGUCCCAGCAGCAACUCUAGUCCUUUAAUCAGCCCAAGGCAAAGCGUAAAGAGACGCGCGACUAGUCCAAUUUGCAGGCAAAUAAAUCGCAGUGAUUUAAUGGAGCAACAGCUAAAAAUCGAUCAAAAUGGUGCAACCAAUCCAGACAUGAAUACACCAUUUUUAAGCAAACGUGAUGCUUGCAAACGUUUGGUGAGGUAUCAUUGCUUGAACGAGCAGGUACUUAGUCCCAAGGAUUUGGCAAAGGCGGAUGAAAUAUUUGAAGAAACGUCGAAACAUCUGUUGAGCAAAUUCAGUGCUAUGAUGAACAAGUACACGUACCUCCUUUUAAUGGAAAGCAUGCGAGAAGUAAGAACGUCGGAACUGAUGAUGAUCGAUAGGACCUUCGUGGCUGAAGAACAAAAUAUCCUCACCAGGUUACGGGAACAAGAGGCGAAAGUUAACGAGGAACUUAAGAAGGAAGAGAAACCGUUGGUGCCAAAAGUUGAGCCUGGCCUUAUGGAGGAGGACAAAUCAACGUUAACGACACCGCCAGCUUUGGUGAACGUGUCCGUGAAACGCGAACUGGAGGAUGACUUCCCAAGUGACGAAAUGGAGUGUAAACCAGUGAUUAAGACGACAAACAGCUCCAGUGGCGACUACGACGAGUGGUUGGAGAUCCAGAAAGAACUCGGCGUGUACCCAUCCACUACGGACACUCUAAAGUGUAAAAACGGUAAUAAUAAUGGUGGUGGUGGUAGUGGUGGUGGUAGCAGUAGUAGCGGUGGUAGUGUGUGCGCCGUUACCGCUGUUACGAGGUCGUCGAAAAUGGAAAGAACACGAGCGAAUGGCGAGUGUCUUCGUGCAAACGUCGCAAAUGCGAGCAUACCCGGUGUCUCGAGCACGAUGAUGAAGGACAAUUGCGAACAGGACACCGCCCCGCCUUUCGACAGACGUUGGAGCAGCGCUACCGAUCUCGAGCGAGAUUUACUGGAGGAUACGGACAGCUUGGAUGGAUUAGCUCUGCACUCGCAGACACAGUGUCCGAGCAGCAGUGUUCACGUAACGAGUAGCGAAAGCGGGAAUGCCGGUAACGAACACGACGAGAUCACCGCACAGGUUCAGUCCGCUAUCGACAGCAUUCUUAAUCUGAAAAAACGUCCUACGAACACAUUGUCCGGCAGUAGUAGCGGCAGUGCGUCAUCGCAGCCUAGCGAUGCAAAGGACACUGCGCUGGACCAAGCAGUCCGCAGCAUUUUAGGCUCGUGACCCUCCUUUAGUAAAGUAUGUUAAGAAGUGAAAGUUGAUAGUGAAUAUCAAGAUAAUUAAACAUCUUACAGAUUUUAGAGGGACGAUAAGUCGAUUUUUCAUGUAUCUUUUUUUUCUUGUGAAUAUUGCAAAUUAGCUUAUCGUGAGAAUUUUUAGCAUCGACAUCGCGACAAACGAGGUAUCUCGAAGUACACAAAUGGUCACUAAAUUAUUUAUGUAAAUGACUACAUUAUGGUAUGACUAUAUUAUUUUAUUUAUACGAAUUAUUCACACAACAGAUAUAAUGCAUACAUGAUUAUGCAUACGUGGUAUGUGGUACAUAUAUUAUAUCGUACAUUUUAAGUUGUCAAAGAUUCAGUUUUAUAAUGGCAAUAAUUAUGCGUAAUAUAAAACAGACAUGUAUACUUUCCAGUAGUCUAGCUGUAAUAAAGCCACCGCGUAAAUCUAAUUCUAGCUGCUGUACAUGUGGAUAGGUUAGAUAGAUAACUCGCUCAGAUUUUUCAAUACUUUGUAAUGUAAUUUUGUAAAAAGUAAUUAUUUAAAGCAAUUUAUUCCACUUUGUCUGUAGUACUCGUAGAAACAUCUUAUGGAUACUUAAACAAAUGGGUGGGUAAAGAUUGUACAUACGUUUUUAAGGUAUAUUAUUAAUAUUAUUAUAUGAUUAUUAUUUGUAUUAUUGUUAUUGAGAUUUAUUCUCAGAAUUAUUAUUCUUACUACUGCUGUAUGAUUAACAACACACCAUCAUUGGAAUCGACGACGAAAAUGUACGGAAAAAGCAAAGAGAAAGUAGUAGCAUAAGAGACUGAUAGGUAAAAUCAUGGAAAUGCGAAAUGAAUAUUAAAUGAUUAAUGAUAUGCAAGAUAGUCCAUUAUAGAUGACACAAUCGCAACAAUAAUCAUUUUACGCAGAGAAACCAGAUGUGUGUAGAAUGGAACUUUUUAUGACGGUAACACUUGGUUUCCGUGAUAAUUGAAUGAUUUCGCAAAAUUGAUUUUUUUAACGUAAAUUUCAAUUCUCUGAACUUGAUUGCGCCAUCAAUAAUAGUCUAUCUUGUAUAGAAAGAAGAAAAAGAACCUGGAAUGUUUUCCUAGGCAUCAUUUUGGAUUAAUUUCUACAUUUAUGAUAUAUGCAGUCUCAUUAUUAAGAUGCAAAAUCAAAGAGGCAAGCUCUAAAUGAGCUAUAGCGCUUUACAAAAUUUGUUUGGUUUGGCAUCACAUACAAACUCGCAAUAGGCAUAUGAUUAAUUGAUGAGUGCGUGGAGAGUGAGGAAUGCGUGUGUGGAAAAAGGAUAAUUAAAUAAUAAUGUUUUAGAAUCUUCGAUAAUCCUCGUGAUUAUCGAAUUUAUUGACAAUUACAUUCCCAUACCAAAAUGUAUGGUUUUACUCUUUGACUUUAUCGAAACGUGUGGAUAUCAUUUCCACAUAAGUCCUGACUAAAAUGAAGAAGAAAACGAUUCUGAGAGAUUGUUUUCGUUUUAAUGAUAGUUUUAUGAAAUGAAGAAAUACAGUUAAUCGUAGCUAACAUUUUAUUAUGUGAAAAAAAAUCAAUAUGUAUAUAUAAUAUAUUCUUUUUCUACAUAUACCUAGAAGGACUCUCUAUACACUGUGCAAGUGAAGCGUUUUUCUGGCAAAAAGCAAUCCAAGACUGAGGUAUAUACAGAGAAAAACAAGCAAAACUAUGUAAUGUAUUACAGUAAGGAAUAAUAAUCGUUUGUACAUAAUAUUCAAUUACACUCUCGACGGCAAUCGUGACUUAAUUACUUCUUCACAGAUUUAAAAGUUUAAAUAUGCUAAAGUUCUUUUAAUCCUAAUAAAUUGCCGAUAUUUCACGAGUAUGUAUGUGGAUCAUCCUAUAUCCCUGUCUACUGCGUUUAAAUCAUGUAUUUCACGAUGUAUUUUGCAAUUAUUACACAUUAAUAACAUGUUACAUUGUAAUGAUACAAUCGCUGACGAGAGUGGAGACAAAUGAUACAGUGAUAAUAUAUAUAAAUAUAAUUUAAAACAU